AUGGCGGCGGCGCUCGCGACCGCCGCUCAGCGGGCGGCAGGCCCUCUGUCUCCUGCCGUUUCUUCUCGCCUUUUCUCUUUUUUUCGCCUCUCGCGACCCGCGCGUGCCCCCUCCACAGGCCCUGCCUUGUCGACGGAUCCGCUUGAGCGCAACGUCCCGAUGAAAGAGAUCCUGCAGCCCCUGUGGGUCUUGGAGCCGCCUAACUUCCUCAGGCGCCCGGUCUGGAGACAGUUCUGGGAGGCGCAGUUCGCGAACCGCAGCUUCUUCUUCUUCGGCAACGCGUGGACGUCCGCCGCGGCCUUCGCCCUCUUCAUCUGGUGGAGCCGAGUCUUCGACCCGCCCCCCAAGGAGCGUCUCGAUCGCUACUGGCUCAACUCACCUAAGUUCCGCAUUCUUUCGGCGUUUCACAACCCGGGGAAGCGCCCAGGCCUGAAGAUCUCGCUGAUGACCUACGAGGCGCGCUACUGCUUCCGCGGCCUCGAUCAUCCUUUCACCUUGAACGAAAUGAAGGACUUCCUCUACAAACUCCGCGAGCAGUACCUGGUUCAUAAGUAUACCGGCAUUCAGUUCCCGUUUGUCUUCCGUCAGUACAACCGCGUCUCCACUCCCGGCACGCUCGAGGUCCACACCGCCCCCGCGCUUCAGCAGGCGCCGCACUUCCACGAGCACGCUGAGGGCGCUGAGGGUUACCACUAA